UCAAUCGGCGAAGAUCCACAUCUUUCCAUCAACCAUUCUCAACCAGUGAACUCUCAUCUUUAUUUAAGUGCUCUAACUGAAGAAUCAAUUCAACUAUAGCACAGUACAUAAAGUAAAUAAGCCAAAAUGACGGUCAAUAUUAGCUCGUCAAAUGAAUGGCAGCGCAUCUUGGGGUCUUCGACCGUCGUGGUCACCGACUUCUACGCCGACUGGUGCGGUCCCUGCAAGAUGAUCGCGCCCACCUUCGAGUCGCUAUCGACGAAAUAUUCCAAACCCGGUAAGAUAACCUUCUGUAAGGUCAACGUCGAUAAUCAACAAUCCAUCGCUCAAACCCACGGCGUGCGCGCGAUGCCGACUUUCCUCAUUUUCAAGAACGGUGCUGUCGCCGAAACUAUACAAGGCGCGAAUCCCCCUGCUCUUAUCGCCGCUGUCGAAAAGGCGGUUAAGCUAGCUGGUACGAGUGCACCUGGCGCAUCAUUCAAAACACCCGGACGAACGUUAGGAGGCAGUUCUUCUGGAGCAUCUACAAGACGGAGCGGUCAAGCAUUUGGUGGCCAGCCGUGGAAGUUUAGCCCGUUCCACUUCUUCAACGUUAUUAUAACUUUCUUCGGGCUCUAUUUCGUGUCACUAUUUUCAUUUGAUCCCUACAAAGCCGCCGAGAAAUCCCACUUCAAUGUUAACAACCCGAGAGACCCCCCGCGACCGAUCCAGGUUAAUGGCCAGAAAGUUAGUGGACAGGGCGCUUCUGCUCGACCCGGCGGUGUUAGGACGUUGGCGGAUCUGGGAAGUUAGGCGAUAUGAAGAUUUGAGGGAUUUAAACCAGAUAUUCGCUACCUAUCGAUCCAUUUGGGUGGCCACUGGGAGAUAAAUUAGGUAGCCAUGUACGACUGAGACGAAAAGGCGUUGAUAUUACUUAGGUUUAUUGCUCUUGUAUUGAGAAACCUAGCUACGCAGGUACCUACGAUAGCCCUGUAGCAUUAGGACCCUCCAGUGUGGGGUAGCAUUACAAUAUCUGAAUUUUUAGUGGACGGGGGGCACUUAAGGAUGCAUAGCUAGCGUCUAAAAUUCCCCUACGAAGAAAAAAAAAAGUUAACUAUUCGCCAUCAUUUUUUCUCUU